CUGAGAGCCACAGACAGGAGGGAAGUAUUUAAGGACGGACUAACACACUGGUGGUUUGGCUCUUUUCAUGGGCUUUGCUGACAAGAAGGGAAAAACUGAUAUAACACCGGACCCAGACUAAAGCAAACAUAACAAAUGGAUGAUGAUUUAAUAAGACUGGGAGUUUACAGCCAUGUUAGCGGUUCUGUGUAGCUUCGCUUGGGGUAAAUGCUCACAUCGGCAUGCUAAUGCUAAGCUGAGCCAGGUUGAAGCUUUACGUCGGCGCUGACUCAGUCGACAGGAGUCGUCAGAGGCAGACAAACUGGACCUGCAGCUGGUUUUCUCUGCUGUUUGUUUCCUUCAGACCAACAUGGAUGAAACGCGCAGAGCGGCGGCGCAGGGCAGGAAGAAAUGGGGAAUUCCGCAGAGAAGUGGGGCCGAUGAGAGGAAACCGACGGCGCGCUCUACUGACCGAGACGCUCAGAGAAAUCUGGCGGUUCCUUUCAGGGGUCACAUCGCAGGUGGGAUGCGGCCGGGGAGGAAGGUCGUAGUGGUGGGUGUUGUGGACCCCCGUCCUGACAGGUUCUACAUUGCCCUGACGUGUGGUUGUGGGACGUCCAGGGAGCCUCCGCCCGAUGUGGCUCUGGAGCUCUGCGUUCGAUUCAAGGACCGACAGGUCCUGAGAAACGCCUGUGUGUCUGGAUCCUGGGGAGACGUUGAGAGAGCUGUCCCUUUCUUCCCCUUCAUCAGAGACCAGCCGUUCAAGAUGGAGAUUCACUGCGAGCAAAGCCGGUUUCGUGUGUUCGUGGACGGGCAGCAGCUGUUUGACUUCCACCACAGGCUGACGUCCCUCGGCGGCGUGGACACGUUGUGGGUCAAAGGUAGCAUUACCAUCACUAAACUGGCCUGAUGUGGAGGACUUCACCGUUGGACACGCUGCACACAAGCCCCCUUUUCGAAGACCUGGAUCUCAGCUUUCCGGGCCACAACCUACCAGGACUCACCUCGUCUGAACACAGUCCGUCUUCACGCCAGACGUUCUGGCACCGGAUGUUAAAUAUAGAGAAAAAGUAGUCUCAAUAUUAGUGAAAGUAACUAGGUAACUGGACCUGAGUACAAAUUUAAGGUACUUGUACUUUACUUGAGUAUUUUCUUUUCAUGCUACUCUCUAUACUUGACUACAUUUCAGAAGGAAAUGUACUUUUUACUGCUACACAUUUUAUCUUCUGCACACAAAACCUAUGAAGAGCUUCUCAAAUAUGACGAUUUGUCAUAGAUUAAACGACCCAACAGUAAUUACAAGUAGAGCUGAAACGAACAGAAAACGAUUGGAAACUUUCCGAUCAUUGUUUCAGUCAGUUCUUCAUGUAAACAAUGCCAAGGUUUUCAUGGUUCCCGCUGCUCAAAUGUGAUGAUUUGCUGCUGUUUUGAAUGAUUUUGAGGUUUGGACUGUUGGUUUGGACGACGCAAACAUUGUGAAGGCGUCACUUUGGUUCAGUGUGACAACGCAUGUCACUGUUUUCUGAAUUUCUGAAAAGAAUUUCUGAAUUUCUGAAAAGAAUUAGUUAAUUCAUCUGGAAAAAAAGAGUCCUCACAAAUAAUUUAAGACAUUUAAAGGCGAAGGAUUCUUUUUAAAAAACAAAUGUUAUUAGACUGAGGUUGGACAUAUGUACAUUUAAAAUAGUUUUUAUGAUUGUUCAAACUGGUUGGACUUUGUUCGUGGUUUUGACAAUGCAUUUUCGAACACCGUAAAUUACCCACAAAUCCUCACGCGGGUUUUUGCGAAUCUUGUUUUUAUUUGUCCAUCAUGAAAACAUGCAUUCGUCAAAGAUACAGAAUCUGUGUUUUCACUCCGAGGGGCUUGAGGGGGGUGCAGCAGGGAGACCUGGUCUCACAUUACCAGUAUUUUUUGAAAUCCUGGCUACGGCCCCGGCUGUAAACAAGUUAAGGAAAGUUUCCCGUGAAACUUCCCCGUGUGGAAACUCGGAACAUUGACCAAAUCCUAAGACCCGCACAAAUGAACACAUCAGGUGGUUUGAGGAAUGUUUUGGAAUUUUACUGCUCUUUUUUUUAUAGAUGAUGUGGAUUUUGAUGCCGACCAAGGGUCUGAUGUUGAAACUUUAUCCUCAUAAGAACAGGUGUUCAGCCGACAGGGACUGGGGUCUGCCAGAGGUCGUGGGGGCCGGAUUGUUCUUCUGUUUUGGUGUAUUUUUCCUUUAAAUCCUUCUUUUUUUUUUGGGAUGUUGAGAAAACGAAACGUUAAGAUAAGAAGACUUUGUGAUCUCCUACUUUGAGGUUACUUUUCGGCUAAAAAUGAAAAAGUGCAGUUGAUGUGAUGCGAUAACCUCUCACCACAUGGUCUGAUGUCCUGCUGCCAUCCAUACUGAAAAGUAUAUGCACACUGAUGUCUGUACCGGAUGACUUCAUUUAUAUGCAUUGUA